UUGGCUUCAGACUAUAUCAAACACUGUUUUUACUAAUCACUAGUAUGCAGUAUGCAUUAAGAAGUGGUAUUGCUUUUGGUGUUUCAGUUCAGUACCUGCUUGGUGUGCUUUACAGGAAAUUUAUUCUUCAGAACAGCUCCCUUGAAAAGAGAGUAUUUCUGUUUUGAUUUCUUGAACACAUAAGUACUAGUAAUUAAUUCAGAUUUUUUUUUUUUAUCGAAAGUAUUGUAUUUUAUUCUGCAACUCGUGCAAGAUGUCACGGAAGUCCAAGUGCAGGAGGCAGGUCAGUGAAGAUCCAGAUAUCGAUCACUUACUGGCCACCCUGUCUCCUGAAGAGAUGGAGGAACUAGAGAAAGAGCUGGAUGUGACAGACAAUCCGUCAAGUAUUCCCGUGUGGUUAAAGCAGCGAAACCAGACAGAAAAAUGUCCUGUUGGGUUGAUUAACCAAGGGAAUGUACUCAGUGACUGUGAAAAGGGGAGCAACAAAAUUAUUCCAACGGAGAAAGCAGUGAAAGAAGACAAGGUGGUGAGUAGUAAUACUGAUGCAUGCAAAGAAGCUCGCUCACAGUCAAAAAGCGUGGAAAGGGUUAAAGGUUAUGACCCAGAAAGAGGAAAGAAAAAGGAAGAUUGCUGUAUAAAGGUAGAUGAAAUAGGAAAAACUGAACACCUGAAAAAUACAGCUGAGAAGCCAAAGGAGGAAAAGUGCCUCAAAUCAAAUGAAAAAGAAAAUGUGGUUAAAUCCAGUGAACGGAAAACAACUGAAGAAAAGUGCCCUGUGCAAAAUCAAAGCACGAGAGAUGCUGGAAAAGAUAAGGCAUGCAGUGAGUUAAGAAAGAUAAAUGAUGAUACACAAGUAAUCAAAUCAGUCACCAAAGAUCAAAAUACAGACCCAGAAAAUGACAUGAAAACACCACUGGACUACCUCACAAAUCAGAACAGAAAUGGAAAAGUAGAAGAAAAUGACGAUGCUGCUUCUAGCAUCUUUGAUGAAGCCCUAGAGCAGGUGCGAAACAAUGAUCCUCAGCUCAUAGAAGUUAAUGUCAAUAAUUCAGAUGCUAUAAAGACUGACACCUUAAUUCACUUUGCUGAAGCUCUGUGUGGGAACACUGUUGUAAAGACUUUUGCACUGGCAAACACCCGUGCAGAUGACCAUGUUGCCUUUGCAAUUGCUUCUAUGCUGAGGCGCAAUAAAACAAUCACAAGUCUCAACCUUGAUUCAAAUCAUCUUACUGGCAAGGGAAUCAUUGCACUGAUUAGGGCUUUGCAGUAUAACAGCACCCUGACAGAACUAAGGUUUCAUAACCAAAGGCAUAUAUGUGGUGGAAAGACUGAAAUGGAGAUAGCCAAACUUUUGAAAGAGAACACCACCUUGCUGAAACUGGGCUACCACUUUGAGCUGGCAGGACCUCGAAUGACAGUUGUUAAUCUUCUGAGUAGGAAUAUGGACAAACAAAGACAAAGACGUUUGCAAGAGCAGAAACAGGCUCAAGAUGGGGAGAAGAAAAAUUCUCUGGAAGUGCCCAAGGUGGGGCUUUUGCCAAAGGGCUCUCCCAAACCUUCUCCACUGCCUUCUCCAAAGACUUCCCCAUGGUCCUCACCCAAGUGCUCUCCUAAAGUUGAUAAGGGUCCAGCAGCACCAGCUCCACCUCCUCCUCCACCUCCUCCACUAGCCCCACCCCUGAAUGACAACAUCAAAAAUUCUCUAUCUCCAGCUUCUGUGAGAAGGGCAACUGAGAAAUCUUCAAGAGAUCAGCUUUUAGCUGCUAUUCGUACCAGUAAUAUCAAACAGCUAAAAAAGGUUGAAGUUCCAAAACUGCUGAGAUAAAAUUGAAGAACUGACCCAGGAAAAUAUCUGGAUUUUGGUUAUCUUAGCAUUGUUUCUCUCACAGAAUGAUUUCUGCUAUUUUUAUUCCAGCACCUCAAGGGUUCACUUGACUGGUGAACUAGACAGGUUGAAGGAUAGUGCUGACACAGAUUAUAUCCAAAAUGUUGAAUUCUGAUUUUCCAGAAAAUUACUGAUAUUUUCAAUUUUAUUUCAGAUUUAUUGUUAAAUUCAUGUUUGUGUUUGUUUGUGUAAAAUCGGUGGUACUUUCUUGAGUUAAAGAUUCAGCAACCUAUCACAACUUGUCAAAGAAAUACAAUCAAAACUCACUGCGAACACAGAAAACAAAAAAAUAACUUGGUUUCUGCUGGAGAAGGAGCUCAUUUACUCCCAUUUCAGUGAUCCUGGACAAAGGAAAUUAAUGCUAAUGUGUCCUGCAGGAGGGCAGGUCUGUUAGUGAUGUUUUUUUAGGCUCAUUCACCAACACUUCGAUUGUUUGAGAUAUCAUGAACCACAAAUUGAUGAGAAAAAAAUCCUCCCUACUAGAUAUGUGCGUUUGUGUGUGUGUGUGUGUGUGUGUGUG